GACAUUCAUUUGUUUUUAGACGCUUCCGACCACUUCCGACGCGUAAGUCGCACAUUCAAUUAAUGUAUUUACCGAGUUAGUUAUUGAGUUAAUUAUUGAGUAAAAAUAUGUUUAGAAUCUAGGAAGCGUUAUCUCCCGCGCUGAAGCUAUUUUUAACCCCGUUGUUCCAAUUCAUGUUUCCAAUGACGUUUGGUGAAUUGAUUCAGGGUUCAAUAAUAAAGCCACAAAAGUUACCUUUUGGAUGUUUAAAGCACAACAAUAAAUAAUUUCGGAAAACAUAACCUCUAUAACCUCCAAAAAAUGGGAAAAAUUAAAAUAUAAAUAAUGAAGAAAAAAGUGAAAUUGUAUUCGAAACAAACCUUUGCGAAGGUUGUCCAAAAAGGUCUCUACAAUAAAAAAGUGAAACAGGAAGGUCACAUUUGUUCGAUUAAUGAUCCGCGAUUACGAAUCAACAUAAGAUGUAAUAGCAACAAAUACUUCACCAUAUCGAUUAAAAAUCCCGUAACGAAAUGUUUCUUUCGCAACAAAUACGAUUUAUUUAAAGAGAAGCGACGUCAUUUGGAGCAAAACACUUUCGUAAUUCACCCGUUGAGUAGAUUUAGUAUGACUUGGUGUAUCAUCUUGAUGAUAUGCUACAUAGUUUCGUUAUUUGUAAUUCCUUUGGAGAUUUUAUCGUUACUGGUUGAAAGCACUUGCAAUAUGGAUGUGUUUAGAUUGAUUACAUUAAUUGUGGACUUUAUGGGAAUUUUGGAUAUAAUGAAAUCCUUUUUUACGGGAAUCGCAACAAUUAAAACCCAAACAAUAUUGUUGAAACGAAAACACAUUGCUAAACAGUACCUAAAAACUUAUCAAUUUUACAUCGAUUUUAUAACAUGCCUCCCUAUUACUGCGCUAUGUGAGUUAUUAAUUGUGGAUUAUGAGAACGUUUGGUUAUUCUUGAAUAUGUUCUGUUUCUUGAAAGUGAUGAGAUUAAAAAGGCUUUUCGUUAUUAUCCAUCGAUAUGCCGUUGAAGUUGCAUCGGAUGUUUAUAAUUUAGUGGUUUGCAUAGUUCUUAUGUUCGUUUGGUUGCAUUGGACUGCAUGUUUGUUACCGGCUUUGCCCUUAUUUAUCGCUGAGUUACAACACACGGAUAUUUCAAAGCAAUCUUGGUUAUCAAAUGUACCCGUUGACAUGAACAGCUUAUCUAGCAUUUAUGCGCAAUCAUUUUUUUGGACCACUGCAAUGUUUUUAUGUGUCCGACACACUGGAUUAGAAGUUAUCGAUCCAAUGGAAACUGUUUUAAUGAGCUGCUUUUACCUUUGUGGUUACAUUGGGUGUGCAUUCUUAUUCGUUUUCUUUUUGCAAUUGGUUGAAUCAUUUGGGGAUCAAUCCCUCAAGUACGAAGCGAUGACAAAUCAACUCUCAAAAUACAUGAGUUACCGCCAACUAUCAUUAAGUCUCCAAGAAAAAAUGCUUAUUUAUUACGAGCACAAAUCUAAAAGCAUCUAUUUCCGAGAGGGAAAAUUAAUGUCUGUGCUCUCUGAUCAGCUUCGCAAAGAAAUUAACCUUUUUAGUUACGUCACAUUAAUGAAAAGCGUCAACAUUUUACACCGGAUCAGCGAUAAAGCAGUCCAAGAAAUCGUCGCUAAUUUAAAAGCGGAACUUUUUUUGCCCGGAGAUGUUAUCACCAAAGCCGGAAUGGAAGCUGAUUGCAUGUAUUUCUUAUCUUUUGGUACUGUUGCCAUUUUCACCCCGAUGGGGAAAGAAAUAUGCCACUAUAGCGAUGGAUCUUACUUUGGGGAGAUCGAGCUUAUGCUCAAAGAUAAUAAAAGGAUAUGUAGCGUCAUCGCGAUUGAGAUUUGUGAGGUUUAUCGGCUUGAACGGAGAGAUUUUUUAAGGGUUAUGGAGAAUGAGGUUGAAACUUAUCGGUAUUUAGAAAAAGUUGCUUUAGAUCGCGCUACAAACACCGCUUUCUUAGAGGAAUUACACAAGAAACAUAUUUUAGAGAGAAAUAUGGCUGUUAAUUAUAAUCAUUAAUAAAAUUUUUAAAACACC